AUGACGGAGACACAUACUUUUCCCAAAGGUCUUCCAGACUGGAGUAACUUGGAGGUGAUCCAUAAGAACGCGCUUCCUCCACGAGCCUCUUUCCAUCUCUACGACAAUGAGGCCAACGCACUGGCACGUGAUACGACGAAAUCUAGGUCCCUCUCUCUUUCUGGGACUUGGAAAUUCAGUCUUGCGAAAAGUCCAUUCGAUGCACCUCCAGAUUUCUUCGAAAAGAAAUUUGAUGCACAAAAAUGGGGAAAGAUCGAAGUUCCUGGGAUGUGGCAGCUACAAGGCUAUGGGAAAGGGCCUCAAUAUACGAAUGUGAUCUACCCCUUCCCGGUUGAUCCUCCUCACGUUCCGUAUGACGACAAUGAGACUGGGAGCUAUAUUCGUACUUUCGCAGUCCCCAAAGCUUUUAAGGGUGAUCAGCUGAGGUUGAGAUUCGAGGGGGUUGAUUCUUCGUUCCAUGUCUGGAUGAACGGAAAAGAAGUUGGGUAUUCCCAAGGGUCGAGAAGUCCUUCCGAGUUUGACAUCACCGCUUUAGUGGAUGUCGAUGGGGAGAAUACUCUGGCUGUGCAGGUGUACCAAUUCUGUGAUGGUAGCUAUAUCGAGGACCAAGAUCAAUGGUGGUUGAGUGGUAUCUUCCGGGAUGUGAAUCUGCUGGCAUUCCCCAAAGUGCAUUUCCAGGACUUCAAGAUUCAAACUCUCCUUGACUCAAAGUACGAAGAUGCAACUCUUUCAGUGGAGGUAGAUCUGAACACCAAGUCAGACGUCAAUCUCAAGCUACUCGAUGCCACCGGAACAACUGUUGUCUCUGCAUCACAGUCUGCAAGUCCCAGCACAGCAUUCAGUUUUCUAAUUAAGAAUCCUAACAAAUGGACGGCGGAAACGCCUUAUCUCCACCAACUCGUGCUUUCAACAUCCGACUGCACAGUCCAGCAACGAGUUGGCUUCCGUAACUCUGAACUGAAGAACGGCGUCUUUUUGGUGAACGGAAAACCAGUCAAAUUCCGGGGUGUCAACCGCCACGAGCACCACCCAGAUCACGGUCGAUCUGUCCCCUACGAAUUUCUUGUCAAAGACCUCCUCCUGAUGAAAACACACAACAUCAACGCCAUUCGGACAUCUCACCAGAUUAACGAUCCUCGCUUGUACGAUCUCGCCGACGAACUUGGGUUAUGGGUCAUGGACGAAUGCGACCUUGAAUGCCACGGAUUCGGUGAAGUUGACAUCACUUCACUACCCGCUGAGCACAGGAACUUGUCUGACAUCGACAAGGUGAAACACAGAAUCAGGUCUCCAGCACGAUGGACAUCCGAUAACCCAGCCUGGGAAGAGGCGUAUAUUGAUCGAGCACGACAAGCGAUCUACAGAGACAAGAACCACGCUUGUGUGAUCAUGUGGUCUCUUGGCAACGAGUCGUUCUACGGGAGAAAUCACCAGAAGAUGUACGACUUUAUCAAAGCGUAUGAUCCGACAAGGUUGAUUCAUUAUGAAGGAGAUUAUGAUGCGCAGACUGUCGAUAUUUAUAGUCGUAUGUAUACAUCUGCCGAGGAUAUCAUCAAGUUUGCGACGGAGAGUGAGACGUGGGAAAAGCCGUUGGUUAUGUGUGAGUAUGAGCAUGCGAUGGGGAAUGGGCCGGGAAAUAUCAAGGAGUACAUUGAUGCUUUCUACAAGUACCCGAGAUUGAUGGGUGGGUUUGUUUGGGAGUGGGCGAAUCAUGGAUUGAGGACAAAGUCUGCAGACGGAGAAGAGUAUAUGGCAUACGGCGGAGACUUCGGCGACGAACCAAACGAUGGCAACUUCGUCAUGGAUGGACUUCUCUUCUCAAACCAUACCCCAGCCCCCGGUCUCAUCGAGUAUAGUAAAGCUAUCGAGCCAGUUCAAGUUUUGGGAGGUUCAAAAGACAAAGUCAAGAUCAUUAACCGAUACGACUUCGCAACUCUAGAUCACCUGAAAUGCGAGUGGAGCCUAGUUUCCGAUGGCUCAAAGAAGGUUGGAAAAGAGGUCAAGAUUCCAAAGGGAGUGCAGCCCGGGGAAAUUGCGGAACUUCCAAUCGAAGGUCUCUCUGAGAUACCAUCAGGGGAAUCCUACCUCGAACUAAACUUCACCCUCCUUGCCUCAACAAACUGGGCCAGAGCAGGCCAUACCCUAGCCUUCGGCCAGAUCCCCCUCUCCAAGCCCGAGACCCUCACCACGCUGAAAGGCUCCCCCUCUGCACCCGUCGUGAAGCAGCUCAGCCCCCAAAUACUCGAGAUUGCCUCCUCAGCCGCGCAAUGGAAAUUCAACGUCGUGCACGGAACCCUAAUCUCCUGGAUCCACGACGGAUCCGAGUUAAUCCAUACCCCUCCCAUCCUAGACUUCUACCGCGCUCAAACCGACAAUGAUCUGCCCUCUGUGUUUGGAAAAGAUUGGACGGGGUAUCGACUACAUCAAACGAAAUCCCAUGUUCGAUCAGUCUCGUGGACACCGGGCCCCGCCGGUCUUGUUGUGGUUGUGAGCGCGAGAAUCGCGCCGCCUGUGUUAGAAUGGAGUGUGGACUGCACGUUCACUUAUACGUUCACGGAUAAGCAUUUGUCUAUCAAGGUGAAAGGCAAACUCCGCGGUGAUAGUGUUCCCAGCACAUUUGCAAGGAUUGGACUCACGCUCGGACUGAACGGAGUUGAGAGUGCAAGUUGGUUUGGACGGGGACCGGGGGAAUCGUACAGAGAUAAGAAGCUCUCUCAGAAGCUUGGGAACUACAGUCUAUCUGUUGACGAGCUGUUUACGGAUUAUGAGUUUCCUCAAGAAACGGCUAACCGGACUGAUACGCGAUGGGUUAGUUUGGAUGGAAAGGAUGGGAAGAAGUUGCUGAAAGCGAGUUUUGGGGAGCUGGAAGAGGCCAGUUUCACUGCUUUACACUAUACGGCGAGUGAUAUCGAUGCAGCUAAGCAUCCUUAUGAGUUGCAUAAGAAGAAGAAGGACGAGACAAUUGUUAGGCUGGACUGGGCACACCACGGACUGGGAACCGGGGCUUGUGGACCGGCAACUUUGCCGGAUUAUCAGUUGAAGGCCGGGGGCUUUGAGUAUGAGGUUUUACUGGAGUAA